AUGGGUAUUCCCCGCCUAACACAGCAUCUGCUCCCAUUUUCAGACACUGUAUUACUUGGGCGCGGAGUUAACACCGAGUGGGAGGACCAUGAAAAUAUUGAAUCUAUCGUGAUCGAUGGCCCUAGUUUGGUCUACCACGUAUUCUCGCGCUUGCUUGCUUGGUCAGAUUCCAAAGUAAAUUCCCCUGAUAUUCAGCCAACAUGCAACGAAGUGAGCUGCGGGGUGAUGAUAUGCCUUCUUCAAUUGACCAUAGUCGGAGUUCAGAUUGAAGAAAUAUGCUUUGAUGGGGCUCUUCCUCCCCACAAGCGCGAGAUCCGUCUUACUCGGUUGGAAAAGUCACGAAGAAAACUAGAACAAUUCUGUUUGAAAACUCAGAAGGGUUUCUCAUGCUCUGACGCCCCCCGUAGUGAUCGUGUGGUUGGCCCUGAAAAGAUCUUUGCGACUCGGAGUAUCUCUACCAAGCACAACACACUGCCUGAAAACCCUUUCAUCGUUCCAGCGGUUUUUGAGGAUCUCAAACACAGGUGGAACCGAGCAAAUAUACUCAAUGUUGCUAAGGAUGUCAUGUCUAUACCCCAGCUUUACCUGGCAGACUUUCCCUGGGCAGACAUUACUGUGAUGGUACCGGGGGAAGCAGAUGCCCAUUGCGCUCCUUAUGGCCUUCAGAGUGAACCGCACAUACGACUGGCGGAAUUAAUACGACAAACCAAUCAAGUGGACGGGCAACUCGCAGAAUCGCCAGCCUUUCGUGUUUUUGUUCAAGAGUACGACCUUGAUUCAAUUGAUAAUGCAAGCCGCAAAACACCCCGGGACCUUGACGCGAGAGUAUCAGAAUUGUAUUGGCAGUAUGAGUUGCAAGAGGCAUUCGCGCCAUGCCAGGCGCCGCACGUAUACCUGGCAAUACUUAACGAAGACCACGCCCGGCGCUGUGCAUGGGUAUCAGGCCUAUCUUUUAGGACACUAGCAUACUCAAUUCUCAACUCAUCGCGCCCGACAUCGGAAAGGCACCGUUUUAUUAGUGAAUUCGUUCGACGAGGGGCAAGAAUCGCAUCUCACCCAAUAUAUCUUGACGAUGCAGAGCUGAUCGAUUCUCAAAUGGGCGAGAUCUGGGCGCGCAUGAGCUCGUUCGAUGCUGCGUUGGGAGCCAGUACAUCUUUACCGGUCUACUGGAUAAUGUUUGUUCUCUACGAAAUCCACGACACCGAAGGGGUCUUGGUCAUAUGGGCGAAGAAUUGGAAUGGGCCGAUAUACAUCUUAAUGCGCAAAUACUGGCCGGGCUCUAUUCUCUGA